AUGCGCGCCCCAACGCAAGUUCGCGUGGCUCUUGCUGGGCUUGGUGCGAUUGGCUUACCAGUUGCCGAGGUGCUCCUUGCAAAUGGAAUCCCGGGCUUAAGUCUGGCAGCGCUCCACGAGCUUGCCGACGUCGUUGUGGAGGUCCUACCGCCCGACCAGUUCAUGGCGGUGGCGGAGCCCACGCUCGGCGCUGGCAAGACCCUCGUUGCGCUCUCAGUCACGCAACUUCUGGCCCAACCCCAACUUCAGGACCUGGCGCGCGACCGUGGCGGCCGCCUCAUCGUGCCGACCGGUGCAUUGUGCGGGCUCGACGCGCUGAGGGCGGUGGCCGAGGGCGGCAACGUGCGCUCGUUGGCGUACACAUAA